UAUGUGAUCGUAAAGCUCGUACUUAUACACAAUUAUUUCGUGAAUUGAAACAUCAUGCUACUCGUUUAAAAACAACAUUUAAUCCAAAUACAAUAACAAGUGAUUUCGAAAAAGCUUUAAUCAAAGCGGUUGCUGAUGAAUUUCCACAAGCACGACAUGCCGGCUGUUAUUUUCAUUUUACACAGGCUCUCUAUCGUAAUAUACAAAAACUUGGUUUAACAACGGCUUAUCGCGAUAGUGAAAGUACAAGAAUUGUAUGUCGAAAGUUAAUGUUGUAA